AUGCCUUUAUGCGAUUUCAAACGCGAAAUAUGUGUUAACAUAAUUGGCGGAUAUGGGUGCCGGCCUGCUAAAAAUGUUGCUACUUCAAAAUCUAAGGAGCCAAAAUUGAGCCCAAAAACUCCAAAAAGAGGUCCACAAAGGGUCAAAAAUAAUGGCAGAUUUGUUUACAAAACUGUUGGCAAUAGAGGAGGAAUGCCUGCAUUCUGGUCAGGUCGAAAUGGAGGAGGAAGGGAGGAACAUGCAUCGACUACUUUUAUUGAUGUGGAUGAAUGCACACUUGGAGCACACGAUUGUGGACCUAUGUACCAAUGUAAAAAUACUCAGGGAAGCUUUCGUUGUGUGCCUAAGCGUUGUGAAGAUAAUCAAGUUUUGGACCCUGGAACUGGGGAAUGCAAAUCAGUAAAUUGUCCGCCUGGAUAUAGACCUAGAGAUGGACGUUGUGAAGAUGUUGAUGAAUGUAGGGAGAAGGCUAAUGCUUGUCCUUUUUAUGAGGAAUGUGUAAAUACACCAGGCUCAUUUCGUUGUCAAGAGCAGGGGAAUGUGUGUUCUAAUGGAUAUUAUAUGGACAGAGAGAGCGGAUUUUGCCUUGAUAUUGAUGAAUGCCAACGUGGAACACAUACUUGCACAUCCAUUGCUGAUUGCAUCAAUCUUCCAGGAAUGUAUCGUUGCAAGUGUGCUGCAGGCUUUGAAUUUAAUGAAUUUACAAUGCGUUGCGAAGACAUUAAUGAAUGUAUUAAAUUCUCUGGACAUGCUUGCUCACUACAAGCUGAUUGUGUUAAUUCUAUUGGCUCUUAUCAAUGUAUAUGCAAGCCUGGAUUUAGUUUAGCUGCAGAUAAUAGAAGUUGUGAUGAUAUAAACGAAUGUGAACUUGGUAUAGCCAAAUGUCAACAAAAAUGUAUUAACUCACCAGGCUCUUAUCAGUGCAUUUGCGAUCGAGGGUAUCAAUUGGGAAUAGAUGAAGCCACAUGUGAAGAUAUUGAUGAAUGCAAAAUUUGGGCCAAGUCGGGAAAUGAAUUAUGUAUGGGAAAAUGUAUAAAUACUCCAGGGUCAUUUCUUUGUACAUGCCCAGAAGGUUAUCAAGUCAUGUCUGAUGGGAUUACUUGUAAAGGUGAAUAA